AUGGCGGCGGCGGCGGAAGGUCUGGCUGCCUACCGGGCGGUGCUGCGGGCGGCGCGGCGGACGUUCGCGGGCGACCAGCUGAUGCUGAAGGAGUCUGCGGUGGAGAUCCGACGCCGCUUCGAGGACCACCGUGGUCUAGCCCCGGGCUCCGACGAGGCAGCUCGUGCCCUCGCCGACGCCCGCGAGGCGGCGCACUUCAUCACCCAUAUGAUAGUCCAGGCCACACGCGCGCCCUCCGGAUCCUUCGUUGUGAAGCCUGAGAGUGUUCAUGCUGGAGCUACACUGGAGGUUCCUUCCGAGGAGAUCCUUUCAAAGUUGAAAUAG